AUGGAAAAAUAUGUCAGAGAGAACCCUAAUAUGAAGGUCAUGGACAUUAGGGACAAAGUAAGUAGGAAAUGGAAUGUAGGAAUCUCUAGAAAUAUGGAUUUUAGGGCAAGAGCCAUGACAAAAGAUAAUAUUGAGGGGUCAUUCAAGGAACAAUAUAGAAGAAUCUAUGAUUAUGGUCAUGAGCUUCUCAGAGCAAAUACAGGCAAGUAUGGAGGGGAGUUACUAACAGCAGUUGGAAGAGAUGGAAAUGAACAAAUUCUUCCCAUUGCAUAUGUUGUUGUUGAGGUAGAAAACAAAGACUCUUGGAAUUGGUUCUUGGAGCUUAUCAUUGCAGACCUUGGUGGGGAAGCUGGUCUUUUGCCAGCUAUUCAAGAUCUUCUACCUAAGGUAGAACAAAGAUUUUGUGUUAGACAUUUGUAUUCAAACUUCAAAAAGAAAUAUCCUGGAAAAGACCUUAAAUGUCUGAUGUGGAGGGCAGCAACAGCCACAUAUCCCCAACUAUGGGAGGUUGAAAUGAGGAAAAUUAAAGAGAUCAAUGUAGAGGCAUUUAAAUACUUGAUUGCAAUUCCACCUACGAAGUCUACUUAUGAAGAGACCUACAACACCAUCAUUUAUCCUAUUAAUGGUCAACUUGUCUGGGACAUAACUUCAUAUCCAGAUGUAUUACCCCUAAAGAAGAGGACAGGGCCAGGAAGGCCCAAGAAAAAACGAAGACUAGAGGCGUGGGAGUUGAAGAAGAAUGACACUGAAUUAAGAAAGGAUGUGACCAGAAAAACAUGUGCUCUCUGCAAAGAACUUGGACACAACAAAAGAGCUUGUCCACAACGACCUACAACACCAGAUGUGCCUCCUGACUAA